AUGCCUGGAAAAGGAACCAAUAUGGCUCGUGUUAAGAAGAGCAAGAUUACUCCAACGGAAUAUCUGGAUGGUAUUAAGGCAGAUUCUUUGAUAUGCCCUUGGAACACAGGUGAUUGGAAGAAAGCUCACGGCGAUGGUAAGGCGGGCACUCUUGGCGCUUAUAGAAUGAGUAGCAUGAAGACGAGCACUGAGUUACGAGAGUACCAGGUUCAGAUUCUGUACCUAAAGAAGCCUAUGUUAAGCUUCACCUUGCCGGGAACCCUAGACAAGGAUGGUUCGACUAAUCCUCCUACCUCCCAGGAGGUUAUUGAUACCCUGAAAACUGAACUCAGCAAGAACGGAAAGUAG